GGCAGUGAGUGAGCACACACCAUCCUCAACUCUGACAGCGUAGUUUCCUUUCAUUUAAGGACACCGCACAGUCAAAAACAAAAAAAGAAGAAAGAAUCCGCCAUGGCAACCUCAAUACUUGGGGAAGAACCCAGGUUUGGGACCACUCCGUUGGCAAUGCUGGCCGCCACUUGUAACAAGAUUGGCAACACAAGCCCACUGACAACUUUGCCAGAAUCCAGUGCAUUUGGGAAGGGCGGAUUUCAUCCAUGGAAACGUUCCGUCUCCAAUUGUAACCUGGGGUCAGGCCUGUCAGGAUUCAGCGUGGCCAACAGCCGAGCUUCGGGCGGCAUGAACAACGGGUUCUCGGUCAGCAACGGUUCCGGGAACAGCGCCUUCUGUUUAGCUUCCACUUCUCCAACGUCUACUGCCUUUAGCACCGAGUACAACCUCUUCUCCAACUCCGUCUCGGCGAAUGUCAACACGCAGGACACGGGACAGUCGGCGUUCAUAUCCAAAGUCCACUCGUCCGCUGACACGCUCCAGGGAAUGUACCCCAGGGUCGGGAUGGCUCAUCCAUAUGAAUCCUGGUACAAAUCCGGGUUCCACACCAGUAUUUCGGGCGAAGUUGGCAGCGGAGCGUCCUCCUGGUGGGAUGUGCACACUAACCCCAGUUGGCUGGAAGUCCAGAAUCCAAACGGUGGCCUCCAGCCCUCCCUGCACCCUGGGGCUGCCCAGGCGUCCCUGCAUACACAGCUGAGCACUUACAACGCAGACUUCUCCACCCUGAGCCACUCCGCCUUCAGCUCCACGGGCAUCGGUUCCCCCGCUUCUCACCUGUUGUCCACGGGGCAACAUCUCCUCGCUCAAGAUGGCUUCAAGCCUAUGAUUCCAUCCUAUACGGAUUCCACCUCGGCUGCAAUCACAGGCAACUCCAUGAUUUCAGGCCCCUCAGCUUUGGGAAGCUCGGCCAGGUCUUCCCGACGAUACUCUGGCAGAGCAACCUGCGACUGCCCCAACUGCCAGGAGGCCGAGCGCCUUGGACCUGCCGGAGCCAGCCUUCGGAGGAAGGGCCUCCACAGCUGUCACAUCCCGGGCUGCGGUAAGGUCUACGGCAAGACUUCUCACCUCAAGGCACACUUGAGGUGGCACACUGGCGAGCGGCCUUUCGUUUGUAACUGGUUGUUCUGCGGCAAACGCUUCACCCGAUCGGACGAGUUGCAGAGACAUUUGAGAACCCACACGGGAGAGAAACGCUUCGCCUGUCCGGUCUGCAACAAACGCUUUAUGAGAAGCGACCAUCUAAGUAAACACAUCAAAACACACAGCGGCGGCGGAGGCAAAAGGGGCAGCGACAGUGACACCGACACCAGCAACCUGGAGACCCCUAGAUCAGAAUCGCCAGAUAUCCUAAUGGAGGCUGUGCACUCCAAUAGAGCUAUCAAAUCAGCUACUCUGGUACAAAACGAUUCCUAAAUCUAAUCCCCACAACGGGAAAUUAUUCAAACUUUAUGUCCAAUAUGACCAGUAAGUACCUGGAGUUCCAAGCCCCGUACUCUCACGGAAGCUACAUCUUGAAAAAAGGUGAGCAAAUGUACAUCAAAUGCUUGGGACUUGUUUCUCUAUGUAUAAGAUUGUCUAAAAUUCUAUGUACAGAAAAGUUCAAAGUGUCCUGUGUUUCCUUUUUUUUCAUUGUAUGUGUUUGAUAAAAACUAUUUUGUGACCGGGUCGCACUUGAAACUGGGAGAUAUAUGAUUUCGAUGCACUUUGUGAAAGUCGAUAUGUAGUAAAUUGCAUAUUAAUCAGCUCGUCCACUAUAUGAACUGCAAAUCCGCGCCGCAUAAAGUAUUAUAUGCAUUUAUCUGUAUAAAUAAAUUGUGCAAAUACAAA